GCUAAAAUUGGAGAUAUUCCUCACUUGAAUAAUUCUACAACACUUGUGGACCCGUCAGUGUACGGUUAUGGAGUGCAGAAACGGCCCCUGGAUGAUGGAGGUCUCCGUGUCAGUGGGCUCCACGGAGCACAGAUAAGAGACACAGAGAGAAUAGGUAACCAGUUAGGGGCCCUGGUACAUCAAAGGGCUGUAAUAACAGAAGAGUUCAAAGUGCCUGAUAAAAUGGUUGGAUUUAUAAUCGGCAGGGGAGGAGAACAGAUCUCACGGAUUCAGGCAGAGUCUGGCUGCAAAAUUCAAAUUGCUCCAGACAGUGGUGGGAUGCCCGAGAGGCCCUGUGUACUCACCGGAACUCCAGAGAGCAUUGAACAAGCAAAACGGCUACUGGGGCAGAUUGUAGAUCGCUGUCGGAACGGACCUGGUUUUCACAACGAUGUUGAUGGCAACAGUACGAUUCAGGAGAUUUUGAUCCCGGCAUCCAAAGUGGGUCUAGUCAUCGGCAAAGGAGGUGAAACAAUAAAACAGUUGCAGGAGCGGACAGGUGUGAAAAUGAUUAUGAUCCAAGAUGGACCGUUGCCUACUGGAGCAGAUAAACCUCUCCGUAUUACUGGGGAUGCAUUUAAAGUACAGCAAGCGAGGGAAAUGGUACUGGAGAUCAUCCGAGAGAAAGAUCAGGCAGACUUCCGAGGCGUACGCAAUGAUUUCAGUUCUAGAAUGGGAGGAGGCAGCAUAGAGGUCUCUGUGCCCAGGUUUGCUGUUGGAAUUGUGAUAGGAAGAAAUGGAGAAAUGAUCAAAAAGAUUCAGAAUGAUGCUGGAGUUAGGAUUCAAUUUAAACCAGAUGAUGGGAUUAGUUCUGAAAGAGUCGCACAGGUCAUGGGGCUUCCCGAUAGGUGUCAACACGCAGCACACAUCAUCAGUGACCUCAUUCUCACAGCACAGGAACGAGAUGGCUUUGGAAGUUUGGCUGUUGCCCGAGGAAGAGGUCGUGGCCGUGGAGACUGGAGUGUUGGAACACCUGGGGGCAUGCAGGAAAUAACCUACACGGUGCCAGCCGAUAAGUGUGGUCUUGUUAUAGGCAAAGGUGGCGAGAACAUCAAGAGCAUAAAUCAGCAGUCGGGAGCCCAUGUGGAGCUCCAGAGAAACCCACCUCCAAACACAGACCCUGGUGUACGAAUAUUCACAAUCAGAGGAGUUCCUCAGCAAAUUGAACUCGCUAGACAUCUCAUAGAUGAGAAAGUUGGUGGUACCAGCAUGGGUGGACCUGGAGGAUUUGGUCAAAGUCCGUUCAGCCAAGCACCUGCUACACCUCAUCAAAAUGGUCCUCAGGCGUUCAUGACGCAGGGCUGGGGCAGUACCUACCAGACGUGGCAGCAGCCUGGACAGCAAGUCCCAAGCCAACAGAGCCAGCAGCAGAACAGCCAUCCCGAUUACAGCAAAGCAUGGGAGGAGUAUUUCAAAAAACAGAGUCACGCUGCCAGUGCUGCUUCUCAGGCAAGUUCCCAGCCGGACUACACGAUGGCUUGGGCAGAGUAUUACAGACAGCAGGCUGCCUACUACGGGCAGACACUAGGGCAGGCUCAGGCCCACAGCCAGGAGCAGUAGAACAAGGUCCUCAUGGCAAUUUUUUGUUUGUUUUUUUCUUGGAAUCAUUGUGGAGGAAAACCUUUUUGUAACAGAGGUUUCUAGAUUUGCAACAUUUUGAUGAAGACUUUUCUGUUUGUUUGUGAAACACUAGUUGUAGGAUAAUCUAUACUGAACUUUUCUAAGAAUCAGGAACAAUUAGUAAUGUACUAAACUUAUGGACAUGCUGGUAAUUUUCUUUCCAAAUUUGUAAAAAACA